AUGAGUACGAGACACGGUGAUUAACUUGGAUAUUUUCAACGUUCACCCUCGAGUAAAGAAAUUUUCUUAAUGUUGUCAGGAUCACAAAGGUCUUUUUGAAGUUGGUGUUGGCUCUGUGUUGCUGAUUCAACUAAAACUCCACCAUGGAGUGUUUAGCCCCUGUCAUUGGUGAGACUUUGCGUUUGAUGUACGUCUCAACGUUCUCAAGAGUCGCUAAUGCAAUAAAGUUCAAAUCAAACGUCAAAGCUCUUAAUGAUUCACUCGAGAGAUUGACAAAGCUUAAGGGUAACAUGAGUGAAGAUCAUGAAACUUUGCUGACCAAAGAUAAACCCUUGAGACUCAAGCUAAUGCGUUGGCAAAGAGAGGCAGAAGAAGUUAUCUCUAAAGCAAGGUUAAAACUUGAGGAACGGGUUUCAUGUGGUAUGUCCUUGAGAUCCAGGAUGAGUAGGAAACUUGUCAAGAUUCUCGAUGAAGUGAAAAUGCUUGAGAAGGAUGGAAUAGAGUUUGUCGACAUGCUUUCCGUGGAAUCUACACCGGAAAGAGUUGAACAUGUUCCAGGGGUCUCAGUUGUUCAUCAAACAAUGGCGUCAAAUAUGUUGGCCAAAAUUAGAGAUGGUUUGAUAAGCGAUAAAACCCAAAAGAUUGGUGUUUGGGGCAUGGGAGGAGUAGGAAAAACGACAUUGGUCAGGACGUUGAACAAUAAGCUUCGGGAAGAGGCUGCUACUCAACCAUUUGGCUUGGUGAUCUUUGUAAUAGUUUCAAAAGAGUUUGAUCCAAGAGGAGUCCAAAAGCAGAUUGCGGAGAGACUGGAUAUUGAUACCCAAAUGGAAGAAAGUGAAGAGAAGUUGGCAAGAAGGAUUUAUGUUGGACUGAUGAAAGAGAGAAACUUUCUUCUCAUACUUGAUGACGUUUGGAAACCCAUUGAUUUGGAUCUUUUGGGCAUUCCACGAAGGGAAGAGAAUAAAGGUUCAAAAGUCAUUCUGACUUCCAGGUUUUUAGAGGUUUGUCGCAGUAUGAGGACAGAUCUUGAUGUUAGAGUGGAUUGCUUACUUGAAGAAGACGCUUGGGAAUUGUUUUGCAAAAAUGCAGGGGAUGUUGUGAGGUCAGAUCAUGUUAGGCCGAUUGCAAAAGCCGUUUCACUUGAGUGUGGUGGAUUGCCUCUGGCUAUCAUCACAGUCGGAACAGCUAUGCGGGGAAAGAAAAAUGUCAAGCUGUGGAAUCAUGUCUUGAGAUUCAUGGAGGAACAAGGUUCCCAAGAGGAAUCCAUGAACGAGGGAAUCGCAAUUGUGGAGAGUUUAAAGGAUUAUUGUUUGUUAGAAGAUGGUGCUCGUAGAAACACGGUUAAGAUGCAUGACGUUGUCCGCGAUUUCGCCAUAUGGAUCAUGUCUUCUUCACAAGAUGAUUGUCAUUCCCUUGUCAUGUCUGGUACAGGUUUGCAAGAGAUUAGGCAAGAUAAGUUUGCUCCUUCUCUUUGGAGAGUUUCCUUGAUGAACAAUAAACUAGAAAGCCUUCCUGAUCUCGCAGAAGAGUACUGCAUAAAAGCCUCAGCCUUACUGCUACAAGGCAACUCUCUUCUAAAGGAAGUACCCAUUGGAUUUUUGCAAGCAUUUCCAGCUCUUCGAAUCUUGAAUCUAAGUGGGACUCGCAUUAAGUCAUUUCCAAGUUGCUCUCUUUUGCGUCUUUUCAGUCUUCAUUCUCUCUUCUUAAGAGAAUGUUUUAACCUUGUAGAACUACCUUCACUUGAAACCUUUGCCAAACUUGAGCUACUUGAUCUCUGUGGCACACAUAUCCACGAAUUUCCAAGAGGGUUGGAAGAACUGAAGAGCUUCAGACACCUUGACCUUUCACGAACACUUCACCUUGAAAGCAUUCCAGCGAGAGUUGUUUCGCGGUUAUCAAGCUUGGAGACACUUGACAUGACAUCAAGUCAUUACCGCUGGAGCGUGCAGGGAGAAACACAAAAGGGGGAAGCAACAGUUGAAGAGAUAGGAUGCCUCCAGCGUUUACGGGUUCUUUCUAUCAGACUCCAUUCUUCUCCAUUUCUUUUAAAUAAGAGAAACACUUGGAUCAAAAGAUUGAAGAAAUUCCAACUUGUCGUUGGGUCUCGUUACAUUUUGCGUACAAGAUACGACAAGAGGAGGCUAACAAUAAGUCACCUCAACGUAUCACAAGUAUCCAUUGGGUGGCUGUUGGCUUAUACAACCUCGUUAGCACUAAACCAUUGUAAGGGGAUCGAAGCAAUGAUGAAGAAAUUGGUGAUUGACAACGGGAGUUUCAAGAAUUUGAAAUCUCUGACGAUUGAGAACGCUUUCAUUAAUACAAAUUCUUGGGUUGAGAUGGUAAGCACGAAAACUUCAAAACAAUCCUCUGACAUGCUAGACCUUCUUCCAAAUUUGGAAGAACUUCAUCUGCGUCGUGUUGACUUGGAAACCUUCUCAGAACUACAAACACAUCUGGGGCUGAGACUGGAAACACUGAAGAUAAUCGAGAUCACCAUGUGUCGCAAGCUUCGAACACUACUCGGCAAAAGAAACUUCUUGACUAUCCCAAAACUGGAGGAGAUAGAGAUUAGCUACUGCGACUCAUUGCAGAAUCUACACGAGGCUUUGUUAAACCAUGAACCUUUCCUGCCAAAUUUACGUGUCUUGAAACUGAGAAAUCUUCCAAAUCUUGUGAGUAUAUGCAACUGGGGAGAGGCUUGGGAAUGCCUGGAACAGGUGGAAGUGAUUCACUGUUAUCAGCUGAAUUGUUUACCCAUAAGCUCUACAUGUGGAAGAAUCAAGAAAAUAAAAGGAGAAUUGAGUUGGUGGGAGCGUUUGGAAUGGGAUGAUCCCUCUGCUUUAACCACUGUUCAACCUUUUUUCCAUCCAGUGAGGGAAGUUCCUCUACUCAUAGCGGAUGCAGCAACUCAAAUGCUAUAAUUAAGAGUCUCUCAUAUUCUAGACUCUCAUUCUAAGAGUGUUACCCUCUAUGUUUCUCUGUUUUGUUCUUUUCGUUAAUUUUGUUUGAAUCUAUCAAGUGUGAAUGUGCAAAACUAAACAACUAUGUUAUGG